AUGAACUAUAUUAACACGGGAGAUUAUAAAAAAGAACUUAACUCACUUUCCAAAGCGAACAAUACUAUAUCAGAUGAAAACUUGAUCGAACAAGGAACAAGGUUUAAAGAUCUUAAUACUGAUAUUCUACAAUCUGUGCAAUUGCUAUCACAGGACUAUCCUGAGUUAGUAAACAUAAGUGAAGAUACCUCAACUGUAAAUACUGAACUUCCUCAUGAUAAAAUAAUUGAUUUUGAAUGCCUAGAGGAUAAGAUUGUUGAAUUUAACAAGAUUAUUAUGUCAUUGAGAAUGAUUUAUUUAGAGCAAGAAUCCCUAGACAAUUUCUUAAGGUAUACAAUUUCUUCAAACACAAGAGAUUUACCCAUUGAAUCCAUUGAUGAUCCUAAACUUUUGACAUUAGAGUCCGAAGUAAACACGCUGGAGAAUGAUACAAUCUCUGAAAGACAACGAGAGUUAAGUGAUAUUAAAUCUCGAAUCUCAAAGAAAAGCCUAUCGCUUUUCAAAGAUGAUUGUAUGAUUAAAGAGCUAUGUAUUGAGACCAGUGAACAAUUAGAAGAAUGUCAGGAUUUACUUGAAAAAAUCGAUCAAGUACAACAUACAAUGAAGAAAAAUGAAGUUCGUAGGGGCCAGGACAAGAUUGAUAAGAUUACUAAAACUUAUGAAAAAUGGCAAACUAUUAAAGAACAGACAAAACUCCAGGAACAACUGUCGAAACAACUCGAAGAUACAGUAAUGUUAAAAACUUUAAAUAAUUUAUCAACAGAUACCGGUAAAAAAACAGAAUCUGACGCGAUCGUUAGAUACAAGACGAUAACUAAAUUAGUUAAUCUCCUUGAGAAAUAUUUGUUACCUACAUUCCCUAACGUCAAGGAUUUAAAAAUUGAACCAUUCGACCAUACAAUAACAUUUAUCGUUAUAGACAAAAUUGAAAAAGAAUAUAAAGUACAUAUCACAUUGGAUGAACAGAAAAAUUCGUUACAGGAUAUUGCUAUUCCUGAUAAUAGCAUAAUGGCACAUCAAAUCAUGAAGCUAUAUUAUGGAGAAUGCAAUAUAUACAAAGUUAUUUACUAUAUAUCUACUAGAAUCUAA